AUGCUUAAGGUCUUCAAAGAGCUUCAGUUCUCCAUGGUAACAUACGGAGAGUUUAAUGAAACUUUCCUGACAGUUCAACUUAUCAGACUGUUACAACUAACAAAGAGAGAGAGAAAUGGGAGCCACAGGGAGAGCGAGGAGAAGGAGAAAGGGCAGCAGGAGGAGGAGGAGAGGAGCAGCAGCAGCACCUACCACGUGAUGGAGGAGCGUAGCCCGGGCGGAUUCAGCCCCACAAAAUGGGCGCAGUUUGCAAACAGCCCCCCGGCCUGGGCGCCGAGGGCCAGCGGCGGGCGGGGGCGCGCGACGGCGGCUCCGGCCCGGGCCCGCCGCUCUCCUCCCCCCGACGCCCGGAGCCGCCCUGACUUUCCGGGCGGGGGGGCGAGGCAGAGGGGGAGGGGAAGGCGGCGGCGGGGAGCGGCUGCUUUUUCUUCUCUUUCGGGCCCUUUCCCGGCCUUGCUCCGCACCGACGGGGCCCGAGCACGGCUGGAGACCGCAGCCCGGCCGGGAGGGCGGGCGGGCGGGCGGGUGGGGGCAGAGAGUGAAACCGCCCCCCCGCCCCGCACAAACAAGCACCGCCGUCUGCAGCCCGAACCCGCACCCAGGCCGCCACCCCCGGCCGCCUCUUUCCAGCCGGGGAGCGCGCUUCAGCCGCCCCCCGCGCCGCCGCGGCGAGACGAGUCGGCUUCGCUACGGUGCUCGGUUCUCCCGCCGGCUCGGCGAGCGGUGGCGGCGGUGGCGGCGGCACUGGGAAAAUGGCGGCCGAGCUCCUUUUCCCUCCCCCCCUUUAAUCUGAAGCGGAGGGAGAAUGGAGCGAGCGAGCGAGCGGGCGAGCGCCGGGGACACGGGGAGGAGGGACAGCAGCGCCUCCGCCGGCUGCGGCUGCGGCGGCGAAGGGCCGCUCCACCCCGGCGCGCCGCCAGGGGGCGCCCGCCGCGCCGCCCCCGCGGGCCGCCAGGAGGCGCGGCCGCCGCCGCCUCAGUCAUGGCUCCUCGCCGUGGCCGAUGUUUUUGUACCUCCAUCUGCGGAGGCCGCGUCGCCCGGCCCCAGCUGCCCUGGACGUGCGGCGACGGCACGCAGCACUGCGGCAGGGGGAAGCCAGCCCUCGCUGCGGCCGAGGAAUGGCCAUGAGAUGUGAGUAGAAGCCCCCUGGACAGCCUCCAAAAGAGAACUGUGAGAAAAGGAUCUUCAAUCCUAAAAAUGAUGGAGGAAAAAACAGUCCCUCUUCCUCAGACAGUGACACCUCAAACUGCUACAGUCACCUUUGCAGCAAGCCUGAAGAUGCCACCAACAUCAAAGGGAAUAGAGAGUUGGUCCUUGGUGAUAGCAUUAAGCCACUGUAUCAACCAAUCCUGACAAUUUGUAUGACUUCUGGAUUUCCAGCCACAUUACAACAAUGUAACAAUAAACAUUUAUUAAUUGCUUAAGCCAAUUUGAGUUAGGUUCCUUAUAUAAUAAAUGAAGUCAAAAAACAAUAA